AUAACAUUUUCUCAACGAAUUCGAAACUGAUUCUUUUAUGUAAAAAAAAAUUGUAUACGUGUGCCAUCUUAAAGAUUAGUCUUGCUUAUUUUAAUGUCGAGGGAUAUCAUAGGAGUUCUAAUGAAUAGUAAUUAAACCACGGUAAUGAUUACAUUAAGAUUUGGGAUGCAAUAUAAUUCACUUUCUAAGAUUUGAUUGCACAAAACACAGGUUCUUUCGUUUCGCUAACACUGAUAUUAUUCAAAGACGAAUAUAACAAAAACAUCACAGGAUUUAUUAAACAUUGGAAAGAGGAAGACAACUUAGCAGAUUUACUAUGAUUAAUUCUGGGUUUAAGGCUGUUAUAUUUUUGGGGAUUUCAUUGGCAAGUACGGGUCUCGUUGCUGGUCAAUUAGGCUGUUUAGAAGAGUGCAAUGGACUUGAAACUUGCUUGACUCCGGCCAAUUUUACUCACUUCAGACAAUGCAAAUCAGUGGGAGGGGCCUGUUCUUGCGCUCCUUUGAUGUGCUCAUUUGGCACAUGUUUUAAUCCAGGGGCAGGUGUUUGCGAUACAAUGUCCAAAGGACUUUGUGACAACGAUCCAUGUGCCAGAUUUGACAUGGGCUACACCUACCCUAGUAGGUUUAACUGCCGAAGCUUCUAUCAGUGUAACAGGGCUGGACGUUCUGUUCCGAUGUGUUGUGCAGAUGACUUCAGAUACGAUGACAUUGCGAAAGAAUGUGUACUCGAUAGAAGCUGUAAUAUUUCAUGUAGUCAACGUGAAGGCCAAGACUAUUCUAGACUAAGUCAGGAGCAGCUGAUGCGAACAGACCCAUACGAAUGUGUUCUAAGAAGAGUCCCUGGGAAACCUGAAAAAUAUUACAACGAAGUAGCUAAACUGGAAAUGAAUUGUGCUGAAUCAACAUUUUACAAUCCCGAAAAGUGUGCCUGUGACGUUAUAGCUGGAGCUAACAAUCUACUACGUCGAAGAGGUUGUCGGCCUGUGUUAGAUGUGGACUUUUCAGGGACUACAGUGGAGAAUGGCGGCACUGCUUACAUCAAUGUAAGGAACGUUAAUAUAACAUCAUCCGGAAGACCAGGUGUCAACAUUGGACAGUUCAACGGAGUUAAUUCUUUCUUAGGACUACCUCAACUCAACGGUGUUGCUUUAAAUAAAGUUUUCAUCCGAUUUAGGUUCUUUAGUUCCCCCUCCAGUGCAGGGAGCGGGGAUUCUCCUGUGACGGACCAGGUUCUAUUUUCUAACUGCGAUGCCUCUGUAAGCACACCAGAGCAAGACAUCUAUAAUAGAUAUUCCCUUGCCAUAAUAUUGAACCAGCCGUCAAGUACUUUGUCGUUUAUAGCAGAAACAGAUGCAGCACAGAAAGCACUUAUUCGUCUACCAUUUGCGGAUGGCGCAUGGAACAACGUGGAAAUGAUUUACGACGGGGAGGCACUGAUUGCCCGUGUCAUGUCUAUCACGGCAGACGGAACUAACUUCGAAGAGACGGACACUAAGCCACUAAAUGGAAAUUUAAUUGCUUCAAGACGUGAUCCAAAGAUAGGGAGUUGUAGUAUAGAUGACGCUUUCCUUGGCUACUUCGAUUUGGUGAAGAUAUUUAGAUGCAUUCCCGUUCGACGUAACAUGCCUAUAUAUAAACAAAUGGGCAGGCAUUUUUUGGGAGAAGUAUCGGUGAAGACCCUUCAGUAUUUCAUGUGCACAAUCUGUAUCUCUCUGCUAAACGCUCAAGAUCUUCCAGUGAUAACUUUUUCUCAAAAUCCUUAUUACGUGAAUCAAGGAAAUGACGUCACAAUUCUAUGUCUUGUGGACUCUCCUAACUCUCCGAUAGAGGAGGUCAAUUGGAUGAAGAAUGGCGCACCAUUACCAACAGAUGACAGAUACACCGUGUCCACUGGCUCGGGCAAAAGGUCCAGCGAUCUGGUCAUCAUGAACGCUAAUACCGUCGAUGAGGGAACUUACACGUGCAGUGCUAAGAAUGGGGUCGGUUUUGGGUCACUGGACACGCUUCUGUCAGUAACUACAAAUGUCGCUACUGGCCAAGUUGAUCCAUUUGGAGGUAGUCAGUUUGAUGUUUUUAGUGGAAUCCAGGGAGACAGAGUUGAGUCAGGGACAAAUAUCGUCAAUGGGGAAAACUUUAAUGUGUUUGGAGAUGGUUUAGGAAAUCAACUAAGUGGCAUGACAGGAAGUCUAUCUUCUCCGGGAAUCUCUUCAGUAGAUAAUCCUCCCUCUCAAGUAGAUAUUGGCAGCCCUUCCGUGAAUCAGGUGACGACAGAGACCAGUUCUAUAAACACGGUUAAUGCCCAAUCUGUAUCUAAUAAUAGCCCCGCUGUAGAUAACUCAGUAGCAGAUGUCGGCACUUUAGAUACAAUAACCACGCCCAUUGUAGAGGGCGCCACUACAAAUCAAUCCCCUACUACAGAAACUACAGGAACUGGAGAUACAACGGUCACAUCUGAAUUAAAUCUUGUUAAGUCGACACCAGACCCUGUAGUAGUUGCUGAAGAAAUCCCUACCAACGUGAAUUCGAAUGCAAGUCCUGUUGUAGUUGCUGAAAAUAAACCAACAAAAUGGAAUGUGAAUAAGCCGGAGACUCAAGAAGCCCCAGCCCCAAGAAGAGAUAGGAUUAUUGGUGGGAUCGGAGGCGGCGGCUUUAACAGCAACAAGAAUAAAGUGGGUUCUUGUGCGUCUGAAUGUCGUACAAACACUGAUGCCUGUUAUCGACCUGUCAACUGUACCCACUACGAGACUUGCUUUGCACAAAGAGGUAGUCUUUGUGAAUGUACAAAGAUUCGAUGUGCAUUUGGUACGUUCUGGAAACCACAAAUCAACAACUGUGCCGCUGUGACUACUGUGCAAUGUGAAUCAGAUCCUUGUCUGAAAAUGAAGCCUACAGAAACCUACUCUAGUGGUAUUAACUGUAGGAGUUACUACAGCUGUACCUGGCAGAAUACAUCUCUACCACAAUGCUGCGAUAAAGGCUUUGCUUAUGAUGAGACGAUGGGGAGGUGUGUACCUGAUGAAAACUGUAUUAUACCAUGCUCAGUGGAGUCCACUAACUUUGACAAACAGCAAGCAACAACAAAAGCACCGAAAUACGAGUGCUUCUUCCGUCCAGUAAAAGGCAAACCGACAAAAUAUUGGAAUGAGGGGGCAAAUCAAGAACAGGACUGUGCCCCUCCCCUUGUCUACAGACCUGAUAUUUGCGUGUGUGGUAAUCCUCUUAAAACUUCUGACCAAGCUCCAUUGGCUAUCAAACCACCAAAAAAGAAAUGCGAUCCCGUAGUUCUCGUAGAUUUUACUGGUAACUCCAUUGUGAACAAGUCUCCAAGUCGAAUUUGGAUAGAUCCAACAUAUACACAAAUCACGAGAUCAAAAAAGGGGGCUCAAUACGGUCGUUUUAAUGGAAUUUCACGAAUAGCCGUUCCAUAUUUGUCAGGGAAAUCACUUGCUAACUUGGUUGUGCGCCUUAGGUUUUUCACUACAAGUUCUUCCGGACCAGAUUCUCAAGUGUUGCUCUCUAACUGUGAGACAAAGACUGUCAGAUGGAAUUCCCCGGAAAUAAACAAGGACCUCUCCCCUUCUAUAGCCAUUAUUCUGAAUCGUAAGAUGAACAAACUGAUAUUUUUAGGUUCAACAGAAGACAGGGCAUCUGAACAAGUGCUAAUGCUUUUACCUUUUGUGAAAAAGACCUGGAAUAAUGUUGAGGUCUUCUUUGACGGCUCAGAGUUAUCAGCAAGAGUAAGAGUAGCGACUCCAGAAAAACAAGCUCUAGAGUUUAAAAAUUCAACAGCACUUACAGGCCGACUUACCCCUGCCCAGAAAGCUAUGCAGAUCGGUCGCUGUAAUGAACAAGACGGAUUCUUCGGCUUUAUAGACAUGAUCAAGAUUUUUGAUUGCAUCCCCUGAAAGUAUUCAAUUGACAACCUUUAUAUUUGUUUUGUACAUAUAAAUACUGUUUUUUUUUU